CUGGUGCUUCGAGUUGUUUAGGUGGUGAAAGGAGCUUGCUAAGCCGGAAAGAUGCGUGAGUAUAAUGAAAAUAAGGAAACCUGUGGGACCAUCUGUCUCAAGUAUCUGCUAUUCAUCUUCAACUUCUUUUUCUGGCUGGCUGGUGGGGCUGUGAUGGCUGUGGGUAUCUGGACCCUUGCUGAGAAGAGUGACUACAUCAGCCUGCUCUCCUCCAGCACGUAUUCGGCGACUGCCUAUAUCCUGGUUGUGGCAGGAGUAGUUGUCAUGGUGACUGGCAUCCUUGGCUGCUGUGCCACCUUCAAAGAGCGGCGGAAUUUGCUCAGAGUGUACUUCAUAUUGUUGCUGUGCAUCUUCCUUCUUGAGAUCAUUGCUGGAAUCCUGGCCUAUAUCUAUUACCAGCAGUUCUUCCCCGUGAGCCUACAGCUAAGCAUGGAGCUAAAGCAAAACUUGAAGAACACCAUGACCCAGAAGUACCGGAAAGAGGGAGAAGAGAGUGUUACCAAUGCUGUAGACAAGCUGCAGCAGAAGUUCAAGUGCUGCGGGAGCAACAACUACACAGACUGGGCGGACAGCCUGUGGAUCAGAUCUCCAGAGGCCAACGGGCGGAAGGUCCCAGACAGCUGCUGUAAGACUAUAACCGACCACUGCGGCCGAAGAGACCAUCCUUCCAACAUCUACAAGGAGAAUGGCUGCAUUACCAAGUUGGAAAACUUCAUUCAAGAGCAUCUGAAGAUUAUCGGAGCAGUGGGGAUUAGCAUUGCUUGUGUGCAGAUCUUUGGAAUGAUUUUCACCUGCUGCUUGUACAAGAGUUUAAAGUUGGAACCAUAUUAAGAGCUGCAGGAAUUCUGUCAGCUCCCCCUCAGCCACCUCCCUUAGCGCCUGCCACCCUCCACCACCAGCACAGAAGUCAGUAACCUGAGGACUUGGCUCUAUAAUGAAAUGCCUCCAGGACCAUGCAUUGCCUUGCCUGCCCUUUCUGAGGAGAGUCACCCUCCUUGUCUUGUACCAGCCAGGCAGGGGUUCAGUGGGUUUUCUUCAUUGUCAAGAAGCAACUGAGCUGUGAGUCCUUUGCUAGAAGCUUU